GUGAUAUUCUCUCAAAAUCUGCUGCCAGCCUGGAGCCUCGACAUCUGAGUAUGAUUCUCUCGCUUCUGCAGAGCAGCCCAAACCCAGAAGAGAGGAGGAAAGUUCUCGUAACUUUAGGAAACGCUGCUGCCUUCACAGUAAACCAGGAUCUUCUGCGUGAAUUCGGAGGUCUUCACAUCAUAGCAGGCUUCCUCUCAGACCCUUCACCUGAGAUUCGGGUUCAGACUCUGAACACUCUGAACAACUUAAGCAUGAAUAUCCGCAAUCAAGAGCAACUGAAG